AUGACAGUAGAAUCAUCAGAAUCGAAAGAACUGCAAAUGCUGGAAUAUCUUAAGAAUAGACCCCGCGAAGAGCUAUCUUCCAAUUUUGUUGUUCAGCUCUUGAUCAUUUUACUCAUCAAGGCCCGAAUGGGGCUCACCAGUGUCUUGUAUUUGAACUACUUGGUCCUACGGUUGACCAGGUUCUCUCAGAUUACAACGAAGGCCCUGACAAUCUUGAACCAGAUGUUGUAUUUCCUUUUGCAAGCUGUCAAGUCUAUCCAUAGUGUUGGCGUUUGCCACGGAGACAUCAGUUGCCGGAACAUUGCAUUUACUUGCUCAAAUUUAUGGCAUAAAACGGAGGAUGAGCUAUUUAGUGUUAUCGGAUGCCCAGAAGUUGAACCGCUUGCCCGACUUGAUGGCACACCUUUGGGAGAUGAAUUACCCAAGGAGUUGGUCAAAGCGGCAGAGUGGACUGAGUGGAUAGAAGAUGAUGAAGAAGAUAUAAGGAUCUUUGAUUUUGAAGAGAUUUUCUUCCAUGGACAGGAACCCGAAAAGUUGGCUCAGCCGGGCCUAUUGAGUGUACCAGAGACGAUUUUCACAGACACAUUUGAUGACCGAGUAGACCUUUGUCGUAUAGGCUACAUGAUUUAUGCUUUCCUGUUUACGAUAUGGCCAUUCUGGUAUCUUGGAGAAGACGUGUUUCUGGUUUGCCAAUUGAUUAAUCUUGUGGAAAAGUUGCCGGCUGAGUGGGAGUCCAAGUGGAGAUUGAUGUUGAUGGGUUUCAAGUUGAAAUCUGGUCAUGAUCCGAUCAUAGAAGACGACGAAAUUUCGAAGGUCCAGCGAAAGUUUGCUGAGUUGGAGCCUGAUCCAAUAAUUGAACCUCUGCUUCCUAUGAUGGAAGGAUUGAUGCGUUUUCUACCGUCUAGUCGCUUGAGUGCAGAGGACGCCCUUGGUAUGUUGGGCAACUUGAGCGCUAAAUAG